AUGCGACGAGAUCAUACAAUUUUGCUUAUGCAACCAACAACUAAUAUCGAAUCGAGAUCUUGGUCGGAUUAUGAAUCCAUGAAUGAUUGCUUAGAAGGUUGGUUUUGAUGAUUUAUUUUUUUUCGAAAAAGUAUAUUUUUGCAGGAAUUUGCAAAGCUUUCGAAGAAUUCUUGAAGAAAAAAUCACCAGGUCGCUCGAGUAUCACAUACGACAUAGUUCAAUUGUUCGAUUUCAUCGAUAAUCUCACAGAUCUUUCAAUGCUUGUGCAAUGUCAAGCAACUUUUGUGUACGCGCCACACGACAAAAAAUAUAUCAAAGAGCGCAUUUUUGAAAUGAUGAAACGACGAGCACAAAACGAGUAAAUGUAUCUAAUUGUUAUAACUAUUUUAAUUUUUUUAAAUGUCACCUUGUUGAGUUUUUUAUUCGAUCUCUUGUUUCCUUUCCCAUGAAUUUUAAUUCAAAAUUUCUUGUGUGAUUUUGAUUCAAAUAACAUUCGGUUGCUGGCCGAUUAAUUCAUACUUUAUAAUGUCUCAUUCAUUUUUUUUCAAUCUACCCUCGUUUUUUUGCAGAAUUUCUAAUACAACGCUGCAAAGAAUGAUGAUUUCUCCUGGCCACGAAGAAACAUUUUCUCGACAAACAACUAUAGGUUCGAUUCCGGAAGAUCGAAUAUAUGAGCGUGAGUGUAUUAUUAAUUGUUCAUCUCCUUUUCGAGCUGACGAAUUAUCCGAUAUUUCGUUUGCUGCAGAAGCGAUUGAUGAGGAAGACGGAAAAGAAAAUGGUGAUCCGAGCGAGGAACCUGACAAUGGACCUUUCAAAAUGGUUAAUAUUGAAAAGACUAGUGCAGGUAUGUGUAACAAUUUUUAAUAUCAACUCUGAAUGUUUUUUUUGUGUUUUCAAUAAAAAUCGUAUCUUUUUGCAGGUUUUGGUUUUCACAUUGUUGGCGGAAUCGAUUGCCCACAUCUUAAAAAUGACAUAGGAAUAUUCAUCUCAACCGUCAACCCACAAUCCAAAUCUUUCGGAGUUGUUCAAACUGGAGACAAGAUUCUAUCAGUAAGAACUUCUUUUUUUUAAAAAAUCAAUUAUUGAAUUUCAGUUUGAUGGAAUCGAUAUGACUUGUAAAAACCACGAUGACGCGGUUGAUGUGUUUCGAAAAGUUGAAGUUGGACACGUGGCAAGAGUAUUGAUUGAUCGAAGUUAUGAAUUGACUGUAAUACCAAAACACUUGUUUUAUGCUAAAAAAUAUAAAGAAAAAAAUGUUUGCAGGAAGAUCCAACUCAAACGCCAUCUGUCACCACAAAUACACCAUCUCGCGAAAAUUUCGCGAAAAGAAAUAGUUCGACAACAGAAUCAGUGCGUGGAAGAUUAACACCGCAUGGAGUGAAUACGGUUGUUGAGAAAUUGAGAGGAACCACAAUGGGGCGAGCUAUGACGUCAUAUGAUGAGGAUGAUGCGCAAAGUGUUACAUCGUAUGCGCCAUCGACACAUUCGAUUAUUGAUGAUGUGCCACGUACGCCGAGAAAACCAAUGAGUUUGUUGGAUCCGAGAAAGUUAGUGAUUUUAGGGGGAAUUAAUUUAUAAAACAAAAUUCGUUGCUAAUCACGUUUUUAACUCAAAAAACCUCCUAAUUUGCAGCAAUUCUUGGUUCACCGAAGCUUUAUACGUCUCAAUUGGUCUCGGAGCUCUCACUUUAUCAGGUCUCGUUGUCUAUCGAAUUCUUCGUGGCGGAAGACAUUAG